AUGUCUUUUCGAAACCCAAAUGCCCCUGAUCAGGAUAAGGCAAUACGUGAAACCGACGAAGACGCCGUUACGAGCAAACUUUCGGCGGUAAACGCGGGGUACAUAAAGGACGAAUUCGUUAAAUGGUUUGUUAAAAGGCCUGCCAGGAGAUCUCCUGUUAUUAAUAGGGGAACGCAUGUUCGCACUAUAGGAUUGGAUACCUUGAUCAUAAAAUUUCUGGAAAUUGAUGAUGAAAAGAAACAGAUUGUUUCGCUUGGUGCCGGAUCCGAUACGCGAUAUUUCUAUCUAAAGGCAUCAUCUCGAAAAUUUCAUAAAUAUUUCGAGAUCGACUUUCCUGAGGUCACAGUCAAAAAGGUUUUGACCGUUCGAAAGCACAAGGAACUAUCCGAUUUGAUUGGAGAAGAUGCUCAACUAGGUUAG